AAAUAGAAUCUUCCAUGAAAUUCAACACAGCUGACUAUUCAUCUUCAUGUAGUCCACACCGUUGAACCACGAAUCUCCAAUCGCAUCCAGAAUGUUCGAAUCCACCACCUCCUCCGCCGCCCUCAACGGCGGCCUCAACCGCAUCAAACACCGGCAACCACCGCCUCUCACCACAUGCUUCCGUAUCCUCUGCCACGCCUCCCGCAUCGGCGGAGUAAUCGGAAAAUCCGGCUCCAUCAUCAAACAAUUCGAGCACGAAACCUCCGCCAAAAUCCGCAUCGACGUCCCAAACCCUAGCUCCGACGACCGUGUCAUCACCGUUAUCGGUAACACCUCGGUUAACAGAACGAUGUCGUUUAGCAAUAAUAAUAGUUAUAAUAGUAAAGAUAACAAUAAUAGUAGUAGAGAUAUUGAUUGUGGUGAGAGUAGUGAAGUUGUGGUUUCAGCUGCACAGGAGGCUUUGGUUAGGGUUUUUGAGAGGAUUUUGGUGGUGGCUGCUGAGGUGAAUGGGGGUGGGUUGGAAUGUGGAGGGGUGGUUUCGUGUCGGUUGUUAACGGAUAAGAGUGGUAUCGGUUCGGUGAUAGGGAAAAAGGGGAAGGUAAUUGAGAAGAUUAGGAAGGAGACUGGGUGUAAGGUUAGGGUUUUGGGACAAGAUAAGUUGCCAGCUUGUGCAUUGCCUGGUGAUGAAAUGGUGGAGAUCGAGGGUGAUAUUUUGGCACUUAAAAAAGCACUUGUUGCCGUCACCCGUUGCCUUCAAGAUCGCCAAUAUGCUCCCAACGCAAAGAAAGUUUUAGGUGGACCCCAUCAUGCAAUUCUCCAUGAGACCAUAACUAACGAGCACAUGGAUAUCCCAUCCGUACCUUCAGAUAGGAACACCAAUCCUUCCAUCGAUAUCCGUGCUUCUCAACAUGAAAUAGUUUUCAGGAUGCUAUGUUCCAAUGAUCGUGUAGGCAGUAUAAUAGGCAAAUUCGGAACAGUUAUUCAAGCUCUUCAAAAAGAAUCAGGUGCUAGUAUAAGCUUCAAAGGUCCGGUUUCCGAUUGUGAUGAACAGUUGAUCACUAUCUCUGCUAUGGAGACCCUAGAGUCACGGAACUCGCCUGCACAAAAUGGUGUCAUGCUCGUUUUCAAUAGGUUAGAGGCGGGCCGUCCAUCAUCAACUGGCAUGAUAACUUCUGCUAGACUUUUGAUUUCACCAAACCAAAUGGGUUGUUUGUUGGGUAAACGUGGGUCCAUAAUUGCAGAUAUGAGAAAAGUAACCGGUGCAUUUAUAAAGAUAGUUGGUGACGAUCAAGUCCCAAAGUGUGCUCUUGAGAACGAUCAAGUAGUGCUGAUGACAGGAGAGUUUUCAAACGUACGAGACGCACUAUACAGUGUUACUGGCAGGCUGAGGAACAACUUAUUUUCCAGUAAAAUGUCAAAGGGCCACGGAGCCAGGGGCGCGUAUGUAAAUUUACCUCGGAGUAUGGAAGGUCUCAAAUUGUCAAGUAGCAUCGAUCGUCCUCUACCACCUGCAAACUCACAAUCUUGGAUAGCAGCAGAUGUUGGCACGGGAUCAACUUUUGUUAAAAGUGGUACUGAGCUUGCCAGUGGAGGUAGGUCUGCUGUAGUAACCGGUAUGAGUGUAGAAAUUGUGGUACCUCAAAAUGUUAUUGGUCGGGUUUACGGGGAGAAUGAAAGCAAUCUAGCUCGUCUAAGACAGAUUUCGGGUGCAAAAGUUGUGGUUCACAAGCCACAGUCAGGAACAACUGAUCACAUUGUUGUCAUAUCUGGUACUCCUGAUCAAACAAAGUCAGCUCAGAGCCUCCUUCAAGCAUUCAUACUUUCUGACUAGUCUUAAGGGGUCAAAGAAAGUCAACUAGUUCUUUUUGUUCAGGUAAUAUAUAGCUGUUGUAUGUACUGUAAUGUAAAGCAGUUUCAUUUUUUAUUCAAUUUGAACCCUGACUGGUGCUUCAAAAUGUUUGCACACCUGUCACCGUGCAUGCCACGCACCUUCAUGGUUCAAAUCGAAGUUAGGAGGAACAAGAAAGGAAAAGAUUCAUGCUGUAUGUGAAAAUGAUAACUAGUCAAUCAAUGGAAAAAAAGAUGACACUAAAUGUCAGUUUUUGACCAGAUUUAACAGUUAUCAACAUGGAUUUCUGAUAACUUUAUUUUA